AUGAAAAGUGGUUUAAGCGUUACAUCGGCAAUAGUAACCAUGGUAACAUCGAUGAUGGGAACAGGGAUUAACUAUAUGCCAUAUGCAUUUAAAAGUGUUGGAUACAUCAGGGGGAUUCUUCUGAUAAAUAGCGUUGGUAUACUGACAUUUUUUUCUCUAUAUGCAAUUUCGAUUGCAGCAAAUAGGUCUAAGGAUCCAAAUCCAACUUAUUCGUCACUGUCAACACGUAUCUCAAAAUACCUCAAGGUUUUGGUUGAUAUGUCUAUAUUUAGUUCAUGCUUUGGCGUGAACAUUGUCUUCUACAGAUAUCUUACAGAGCUCAUUAUGAUGAUGCUUCCGGUGGACACGUAUGUCGAGCAUGAGGUUGGGAGAAAGAUAAUCAUUGGUGUUCUUGCCAUUCCUUUUCUUCUUUUGUCUCUAAAAAAGGAUUUGUCUAGCCUUAAAGUGACAUCCUAUAUAACUGUUGCCUCAGUGACAUAUCUUGCAGUUCUGAUGGGCGGAUACUGCUUAUUUAUCGGGGGAAAGUGUGCAGAGGAGCCUAUCCAGAGAUUUGGGUCUAAUUUCUCAAAAGGCAUCUCCUGCUUUAUGCUUGCAUUGUCGUGCCAGGCCAACAUGGUUAAGACAUAUACGGAGUUGGAGCACAAGUCGCCUGGGAGCAUCAUCAAGGUUGCAAUGGGAGCUUCAUUUUUUGGAACUCUUAUCUAUGGAAGUGUUGGGCUCUGUGGAUAUAUUGUAUUUGGGCACUCCAUAAGAAGCUCGAUAAUUGAUAUAUUGGUAGAUCCCAAGUCCAACAUCAAUGCAUACCUUAUGAACAACACUAUUGAUAAGUAUGCUUUGUCUUCAAGGAUAGCUUGUGUUGGGGCAAUGCUUGUCCUAUUUGGGGCGUUUCCCGUGCAGAUGAAUCCAUUGGUUGGAAUACCUCUUAGUUACUUUGUAAGAGAGGGGCGUGAUGCGAGUGCAACAAGAAAAAAGGUAGUGUUCAUACUGAUGCUCAUGUUCCUGUCUCUUGGGAUGAUUGAAAAGCUCAACAUUGAUACUAUAUUGCAAAUGGUGGGUGCCACCGCCGUCAAUUUGGUAUCUUUCACCUAUCCUUCCAUCUACUAUUUAUAUUUCGGAAAGAGGAUGGACCUUAUGUCCGUUCUGUCUGUGGCUGUGUGUAUUGGUAGUAUACUAUCGAUGGUUUAUAUGUCAUAUAACAUAAUAUGUUCACAAUGA